CCCUGGGGCCGCUUGCUUCCUGUUUGUCCGACGAGGAGACAUGGCGGCGGCGCCGGCGGCGGCUGGGUCUGGGGCCGGCCGAGGGCGACGGGCGGCGGCCACGGUGGCUGCUUGGGGCGGAUGGGGCGGCCGGCCGCGGCCCGUCAACAUCCUGCUGCAGCUGCGGCAGGGCCAGCUGACCGGCCGGGGCCUGGUCCGGGCCGUGCAGUUCACUGAGACGUUUUUGACCGAGAGGGACAAACAGUCCAAAUGGAGUGGGAUUCCUCAGCUGCUCCUUAAGCUGUAUGCAACCAGCCACCUCCACAGUGACUUCGUUGAGUGUCAAAACAUCCUCAAGGACAUUUCUCCUCUCCUCUCCAUGGAGGCUAUGGCGUUCGUUACUGAAGAGAGGAAACUAACCCAAGAAACCACUUACCCAAAUACAUAUAUUUUUGACUUGUUUGGAGGUGUUGAUCUCCUUGUAGAAAUUCUUAUGAGGCCUACAGUCUCUCUCCGGGGACAGAAACUGAAAAUAAGUGAUGACAUGUCCAAGGACUGUUUGAGCAUCCUGUAUAAUACCUGUGUGUGUACGGAAGGAGUUACAAAGCGUUUGGCAGAAAAGAAUGACUUUGUGAUCUUCCUGUUUACACUCAUGACGAGUAAGAAGACAUUCUUACAAACAGCAACUCUCAUUGAAGAUAUUUUGGGUGUUAAAAAGGAAAUGAUCCGGCUAGACGAAGUCCCAAAUCUGAGUUCCUUGGUAUCCAAUUUCGAUCAGCAGCAGCUUGCUAAUUUCUGCCGGAUUCUGGCUGUCACCAUUUCAGAGAUGGAUACAGGGAAUGAUGACAAGCACACGCUUCUUGCCAAAAACGCUCAGCAGAAGAAGAGCUUGAGCUUGGGGCCCUCUGCAGCUGAAAUCAACCAAGCGGCCCUUCUCAGCAUUCCUGGCUUUGUUGAGCGGCUUUGUAAGCUGGCAACUCGGAAGGUGUCAGAGUCAACGGGCACAGCUAGCUUCCUGCAGGAGCUGGAGGAGUGGUACACGUGGCUCGACAAUGCUUUGGUGCUAGAUGCUCUGAUGCGAGUGGCUAAUGAGGAAUCAGAGCACAGUCAAGCCUCCAUUGUGCUCUCUCCUCCAGGGGCUUCUGAGGAGAACGGCCUGCCUCACUCUUCAGCUCGGACCCAGCUGCCGCAGUCCAUGAAGAUUAUGCACGAGAUCAUGUACAAACUGGAAGUGCUCUAUGUGCUCUGCGUGCUGCUGAUGGGGCGUCAGCGAAACCAGGUUCACAGGAUGAUCGCAGAGUUCAAGCUCAUCCCCGGGCUUAAUAACUUGUUUGACAAGCUGAUUUGGAGGAAGCAUUCAGCAUCUGCCCUCGUCCUCCACGGCCACAACCAGAACUGCGACUGCAGCCCGGACAUCACCUUGAAGAUACAGUUUCUGAGGCUUCUCCAGAGUUUCAGCGACCACCACGAGAACAAGUACCUGCUGCUCAACAACCAGGAGCUGAAUGAACUCAGUGCCAUCUCUCUCAAGGCCAACAUCCCCGAGGUGGAAGCCGUCCUCAACACUGACAGGAGUUUGGUGUGUGAUGGGAAGAGGGGCUUAUUAACGCGUCUGCUGCAGGUCAUGAAAAAGGAGCCGGCUGAGUCAUCUUUCAGGUUUUGGCAAGCCCGGGCUGUGGAGAGUUUCCUCCGCGGGACCACCUCCUAUGCGGACCAGAUGUUCCUGCUGAAGCGAGGCCUCCUGGAGCAUAUCUUGUACUGCAUUGUGGAUAGCGAGUGCAAGUCAAGGGAUGUGCUGCAGAGUUACUUUGACCUCCUGGGGGAGCUAAUGAAGUUCAACGUUGAUGCAUUCAAGAGAUUCAAUAAGUACAUCAACACCGAUGCAAAGUUCCAGGUGUUCCUGAAGCAGAUCAACAGCUCGCUGGUGGACUCCAACAUGCUGGUGCGCUGCGUCACUUUGUCCCUGGACCGAUUUGAAAAUCAGGUGGACAUGAAAGUUGCCGAGGUCCUUUCCGAGUGCCGCCUGCUUGCCUACAUAUCCCAGGUGCCCACACAGAUGUCCUUCCUCUUCCGCCUCAUCAACAUCAUCCACGUGCAGACGCUGACGCAGGAGAACGUCAGUUGCCUCAACACCAGCCUGGUGAUCCUGAUGCUGGCCCGACGGAAAGAGCGGCUGCCCCUGUACCUGCGGCUGCUGCAGCGGAUGGAGCACAGCAAGAAGUACCCCGGCUUCCUGCUCAACAACUUCCACAACCUGCUGCGCUUCUGGCAGCAGCACUACCUGCACAAGGACAAGGACAGCACCUGCCUGGAGAACGCCCCUCCCAGCCCUUCUCUCUCUGCCCAGAGCUCCUGCAUCAGCUUCUCAUACUGGAAAGAGACCGUGUCCAUCCUGUUGAACCCAGACCGCCAAUCGCCCUCUGCCCUCGUCAGCUACAUCGAGGAGCCGUACAUGGACAUAGACAGAGACUUCGCCGAGGAGUGACCUUGGGCCAGGCAGUCCCUGGGAGGCUGCUGGGCCAGGGCCAGUGCGGGUGAGCGUGGGUCUGAGUGCCAUACGCCCUGCCAUGUCUCCACCCCUUCCCUGCCUUCCUGCUGCUCUCUGCCUGCCCAGGUCUUCAGACACAGGCUUCGUGGGAGUGUCUAGAAGCCCUUAGGUCUGAGGGCCCAAGGUCAUUGGGGAACCUUAGUACCUUCGAGAUCCCCACGCUGAGGACAGGGGCGCUGUGCCCUCCCUUCCUUCAGAAACUUGGGGCCCUGGCCCCCCAGAGAUAAGGGGACUUUUAAAAAUAGCUCUGUCUGAGCUCCUGCCUAAUCUCUUGGCCAUCAGUCCUGGGUUGGGGAGGGAGAUAUGGGGACCCUCCCCCAAUCUGUGAGCCAAGCUUGCCCUGGCCUUUGGACCCAGGCAAGGCUUCUGAGCCCUGGGCAGGGGUGGGGGAAACAGAACGCUACCGUCCCCCAAGCCUGCCCACCGUCCCUCCCUCCUCUUCCUUCCGUCCCUCCGGUUCUGUGUGCUCAGUGGCCGCUGUGUUCGUCCCAAGGGGCGCCCCAGAAGUGAGGGGCCUUUCCCUUCCAUCCUUGGGGCAUGGGGUGGCUGUGUCCUGCCCCCUAUGCCCCAAGGCAGCAUCUCCUACCUGAGCCCGGACACACAGGAGCCUGCCUGGGAGCACAGCCUUGGCCCCUCCUUGUGUUGCCAAUUUAUUAACAACGAAUAAACCGAUUAAAUGGAGACUAUUAAAGAACUUUAUUUUAAA